UCUUAUGGUUAGAAAUCCAUUUGAUUCUUUCCCAUUUCAAUGAAUAUGACAUUACGACUUAUACUAUUGGAUUACUAAUUGCUUUCUUCGUCCAGGUCUGGUGCUGAAGGACAUCAUAGAACGCUACUUCGUGUCCCCGACGUUGCUUCGAGUGGUCCGCGUGGCGAAGGUGGGCCGAGUCCUGCGUCUAGUGAAGGGAGCCAAGGGCAUCCGAACGCUCCUCUUCGCCUUAGCCAUGUCCUUGCCCGCGCUCUUCAACAUCUGUCUGCUACUCUUCUUGGUUGUAUUUAUCUUUGCAAUCUUCGGCAUGUCAUUCUUCAUGAACGUCAAACACACUGGGGGCUUGGACUCUGUUUACAACUUCGAGACGUUCUUCCAGUCUUUCAUUUUGCUGUUCCAAAUGAUGACGUCAGCUGGGUGGAGUGAUGUACUUUCUGGCAUUAUCAAUGAGAGGAACUGCCGGCAGCCUAAUCCAGAGACCGGCGAUCCUGGUAACUGCGGUAACCAAGCUAUCGGUAUAGGCUACCUAAUGGCCUACCUGGUAAUGACCUUCCUUAUCAUUAUCAACAUGUACAUCGCUGUCAUCCUCGAGAAUUACUCCCAAGCAACAGAAGACGUGGAAGAAGGUCUCACCGACGAUGACUACGAUAUGUACUAUGAGAUCUGGCAGCAGUUUGAUCCCAAAGGCACACAGUUUAUCGAAUUCUCCGCUCUCUCACAAUUUUUGGAUGUACUAGAGCCUCCCCUUCAGAUUCACAAGCCAAACAAGUACAAAAUCGUGUCAAUGGAUAUCCCCAUUUGCAAAGGAAACCUUGUAUUCUGCGUUGAUAUCCUUGAUGCAUUGACUAAGGACUUCUUCGCUCGUAAAGGAAACCCAAUUGAAGACUCUGGGGAUAUAGGUGAAGUAGCACCACCUACAGACAGGCCUGGUUACGAACCAGUGUCCUCAACGCUAUGGCGUCAACGUGAAGAAUAUUGCGCUCGACUAAUACAACAAGCGUGGCGCAAACACCAACAGCGUAAAGACCUCUCCUCACUCUCUGGAGCUGAUUCCCAAGAAGACUUCAAGCAAGCAGAUACCGCCGUCCUGGUGGAAAGUGAUGGAUAUAUAACAAAAAACGGCCAUAAGGUGGUGAUUCACUCGCGAUCACCAUCGUUGACGUCACGGUCCACAGAUGUGUGACUGAAAAAGGCGAGUAAAUAAGUUGUUGCUUUUUAUCUACUAAAAGGAGCCAGUUGUGAACAGCUUUAUCGAAAGGCUAUUGGCACACAGUCGUUUGCUAAGUGAAAAAAGCUCGACUAGAGGUCCCACAAGGCUCUGAUAUUAAAUAUAUGUAAAUCCGCCGUUAACGAACAGUUAACCUCGUUGGUGUUGGCGGUUGGACCAUUCUUGCUCGGGAACACUUCACUCCUCAUGCCUUGUUGUUUAAGUUUACAGUCCAACUGUCUUCAUCAGCUUCCCGAUCUUCGAGUGCCGCGCCCUCUGUGCAGAUAUUACUGGCCUAAGUGAUUCACUAUAUGUUUAUUUUUGUAUUUAACAUUCUGAAUGAUUAUUAGGCCCUUAGUUACCCAUCUUGGUACUGCUGUUGGGUUCAAGCGAGACUGGGGGAUAGUCUUCGCAACUCUCACUCGUAGCUGGCGCGGAGGUGACGAGAAGCCUGAUGACACUGCCACCCAUGGCCGCCCACACACGCCCACGCUCACAGUAUUGUUAACACCCGGUGUAUGAAGCACCGACAACACCACAUCCCAUCCCCGAGGACGGCCAGGGUGUGCACCAGACCGAGGCAGCAGAUGAGAAGGAAGCGGAGUUGUGGGUGGAAAGCCACGCAGCGCCAUGAGGGGGUUUCAUCAUAAAGGAAACUGUGUACAUAGUGCAGGGGGCGGAGUGGUGCUCACUGAACCUACGUGAUAUGGAAAAUUCCCUGGACAUGCGCAUUUUCCACCGGCAAAAAGACAGUUCUUGACAAGUAUUAGAGAAUCUUCGAUCUGCAUAAUUAACCAAGUUCAUGAACUGUGUGAUACACAAUGCCUUUACAGGAGUGCAUAAUGUAAAUAACGGGUGCACAGUAUGGUAGAAUCUGUUCGUUAGGCGUCUUCAUGGACAACCAGCCACCCGUCCUCCCCAGUCCUCAUCCUCUACUCUUUCUCCUUCAACUCUUCCUUCACCUUGGCGCCCUGGUCUGUCCUUUAAUCUCAUCACAUUCAGCCUUCCAUUCCAUCCGUUACUUCUUUUAUAAAUCAGCAUGCAACUUUGCCCAUUCUUUGCGUCAUUGCCCACUCCUUUGUUUCAGCGUUCAUUUACCCUUUUUUUCUUCGCUUGACUUUUCCUUUGUACGUGGAAGGCACUGCAUGAACAGCCUGCACUGAGCCAAUUCCCCUGGCGCAGUGCAGUCGGACCCUUCAGUGACCCAGUCUCUUAGGUUAGGCUCAGAUCACGGGCUCAAUCACAGGCUCCGGAAUUGGGCAAAGGAGCAAUACUCAGUUGUAGGGAAAGCCUGCUUCAAUAACAUUGUUAAAUAAGGCAGAAUGGAUGAUCAUCUGUCCUCUGGGGGA